CUAAGAAAGUUGAAUGAGGCGGAAAGAUUGACUUCCGUGUUUUUGCCAUAGUUUCGGUGUCUUCUCCUUCAUCAUGGGAGCGUGUAUGGCCUUGUGCUCGCUGGCGAGCUGCGCGUCCUGUCUGUGUGGCUCUGCGCCCUGUCUGUUAUCAGGAUGUUGUCCUUCUACAUACAACUCGACUGUGACCCGGCUGGCCUUCUCCUUCCUCCUGCUGCUGGGGACUAUAGUGUCCAUCAUCAUGAUCCUGCCCGGCAUGGAGACACAGCUGAAGAAGAUCCCUGGUUUCUGUGAAGGAGGCUCUUCUAUACCUGGAUUUGAAGGGAAGGUGAACUGUGAGAUCGUUGUUGGCUAUAAGUCGGUCUACAGGAUGUGCUUCGCCAUGGCCUGUUUCUUCUUCCUCUUCUCCAUCAUCAUGAUCCGUGUGAGAAGCAGCAAGGAUCCUCGAGGCGCGAUUCAAAACGGUUUCUGGUUCUUCAAGUUCUUGAUUCUGGUCGGUCUCACAGUGGGAGCUUUCUUCAUUCCUGAUGGGGCUUUCAACACAGUGUGGUACUACUUCGGCGUGGUUGGGUCCUUCAUCUUCAUCCUGAUCCAGCUCAUUCUUCUGGUGGAUUUUGCUCACAACUGGAACCAGAAGUGGGUGGAGAAGGCAGAGAAUGGGAACAGUAAAUGCUGGUAUGCAGCCCUGCUCUCAUUCACACUGGUGCACUAUAUCUGUGCCUUUGCUGCUGUGGUUUUGUUCUAUAUAUUCUACACACAGCCGGACGACUGCGCCGAGCACAAAGCCUUCAUCAGCCUCAACCUCAUCUUCUGCAUCGUUGUGUCUGUGGUGUCUAUUCUUCCAAAAGUGCAGGAGGCUCAGCCGAGCUCUGGCCUGCUCCAGGCGUCUCUCAUCUCUCUCUACACCAUGUAUCUCACAUGGUCUGCCAUGAGCAACAACCCCAAUCGUAAGUGUAACCCGAGUCUGUUGAGUCUGGUCAGCGGGGGGCCGACAGCAGUCCCUCCCACCAGAGCCCCGGGCAUCCAGACGCAGUGGUGGGACGCCCAGAGCAUCGUGGGACUGGUCAUCUUCCUCCUCUGCACGCUGUAUGCCAGCAUCCGCUCCUCAAACAACAGUCAGGUGAAUAAGCUGAUGCAGACCGAGGAAGUCGAAGGGCUGGCGUCCAGCGAGGGCGUCUCCGAGGAGGGCGUGAGGCGCGCUGUGGAUAACGAAGAGGAGGGUGUCACAUACAGCUACUCCUUCUUCCAUUUCUCCCUCUUCCUGGCCUCCCUCUACAUCAUGAUGACCCUGACCAACUGGUACCAACCCGAAACAGACUACGCAGCCAUGAAAACCAGCAUGCCUUCUGUGUGGGUGAAGAUCUGCUCGAGUUGGCUGGGACUGCUGCUGUACCUCUGGACCCUGGUGGCUCCGGUAAUCCUGAGCAACCGAGACUUCAGCUAAACACUCAGAAGAUGUGGCCUUAUACCAAACCAUAUGCAGAGUUCACUUAUUCAGUACAUUACAGAAGUUAUUGUUAAUCUUAAAGAUGUGCUGAGCUCUUGAGCUAUGCACACCUUCAUGACACUUUUCAUACACUUAUUAAUGUUUCAUAAUCAUAAACUGUUAACCUCAAAUCUGAGUUUGCAUAAAUGGGACACUUGAUCUGGAAUUCUUUGAAUUUUUAUGUAUACUCUAAUUCACAUAUAUUCACUGGUUAUCUUCCAUUUCUGGAUAUUUCAUAGUCUUUUGUAUUUGUCUCGAGUCCAGUUUUGUUACAAAUUGCACUACAUUUGAUCAAAUCAAAGUUGAAUGUUCAGUGGAUUGCUAGAUUUCCUCAUAUGUAUCCAGAUGUGUUUAUAUAGAGCUGUAUCCAUUUAGUUUUGAAGCAUUGAUUUAUGAGCUUUAAGAUGACACUCCUCCUGACCAAACGUUUUUUUUGUUCUAUUUGGAUCUUGUGAUCUUUUGUAUUUUUACCUUUUAUAAAUUCUUGUAAAAGUGAUUAUAAAAAAUUGUACACAAGAAGUUAUGGGUCUUUAACCUUGCCGCUGUCGUCUCUGGCUUGUUUAGUUGGGAACACUUAAUUAAGAGCGAUUUCGUUGACUUGAUUGCACAGAUAUUAUUAAACUGAACUGAGCUGGACGAAGACAUCAUUGAUUUCAAUGAUGAACUAACUUUUUGCUUCGACACUAUUUUCCUAAUUAAUGCUGUUCAUUUGCUUUGUUUCAAUUUAUAUUGUUAAAAGCGCUGUAGAAAUAAAGGUGACUUGACCUGA